CAAUCGCUCCUCUCCCAGCCGCUCGGUGUCGUGGUCCGCUGGUUCGGUGAUCCCGACUCUUGUUCCAGUCGGAACAGUAUUUGUGAUUAUUAGUGCAGUGGUUUGUUUAUUUAUGAAUUAAAACUAUUUCCUUUUUUUCCUUCACGAAUACUUUACAACAAACAGACAAUAAGGUCAAUUAUAUUUAAAAGAUCAGAUGCAAUAACGACUUAUACUAAGGUCAAAGUUCCUGUAGCGCCGUCCAUCGCGGCUUAAUCCUAAACAAAUGAUCAACAUGCGUUUAUGAGAUCAUCUCAACUCCAAGCAGCCAGCGGGAGGAAGAUGGAGCGCGUGCGGUACAUUGCGUGCACGCUUCUCAUGCUGUGUCCGUUAGCACUUAGCCGGCACGACGACGACUUCGCAUUCGACAAUAGUGAAGAGUUCCAGGUUGAAUUAACGGCGAAUCACUCUGAAAUCACAAAAAAUGGCCUAAAGCGGUUAUGGGGUGUCCCUGAUACAUCGGCCUAUGUUGGACACCUUUUCCGCAUGGAAAUACCCAAAGAAGCAUUUACUGGAGAAGUUCAAGCGUAUAAGGUUCGAAGAGAAGACGGUCGUCGCUUGCCCAGCUGGCUGGCCGUGGACUCCAAGCAUGGCCUGAUCAGCGGGCUGCCGCAGCACGUGGACCUGGGCUCGCACACGUUCACAGUGACCGCGCACGGCCGCACCCGGGGUCUCACCGCCACUGACUCCUUUACUAUCGAGGUUAAGAAAGCCGAAGAGAAGCCCCAUUCUAAGUACGGCUCUUGCAUCAGAACGGAGAAGAGAUUAAUGCUGGUUAUACUGAUAGACGGGCAGUUCCAACACAUAGCUCCGCGGCAGAGGAUACGGGCGUUGAUGGAGCUCGCCAACUUCAUGGCUAUAGACGGGGACGAAUUUUGGAUGGAGCCAUACAAGAAUGAGGGUUCGCGAAAGCAAACUGUUCUGAUGAGCGGGCCGGGCACCACUCAGCGUAGACGCAGCGAGGCCACUACUGCCAUCUAUUUGAAUGUGGGCUGCGGCGACAAGCUGUGGCCCCGGCACAAGGUGCUGGUGGGCGGGCUGCGGGAGCAGGCUCGGGACGGCAGCCUGGCGACCGUGCUGCGGCUGCCCGUGCUGGGCUGGCGGCUCGUGGCGGUCACAGCUGCUGAGAGACACAAGCGACAGUCGGUGUACGAAGGUUCGGGCCCGUACGACGACUACGACAACGAGGACGACCCCGCGGACGGCGACUACAGCGGCUACGAUGACGACCAAGACGACAACUACCGCGACAUAGCUGGCGGACCACUGCCUGAUAACACGGAGGACGUAAAAAUCACGCCUUACGACUCCACGUCAGAUACUACCAACCUGAAUAUCACUCAAGAAAUACCAUUCACACCAAGAAGAAUUGGAUCAGCUUUCGCCGAAUUGCCGAUACAAAACGCUACGGAACCUCCGCUCCCGAGCACUACUGAAGCUGAACUGCAAACUGUAAUAAUUCGCGAGUCGGAACUCCCCAUCUCGUCGUCGGAGCCGACGUCUUUGCCGUCGCCGACGCCGUUGUCGACGACAUCGACGUCGACAACGACGGAGAUGCCGCUGCCGUUGCCGCCGGCGGUCGUGCCCACGUCAGUGUCACCCAAUACAACUGUAUCGCCGAGUACCACGCCAUCAACCUCCACAGUACUCACCUCAGUUUUGUCAACAACAACGGAAGAGCCUGAAUCUACCACGCUGGAAGUCACUAAGUUCCAGGAAUAUAGUUCGUCAGAACGGUCGAGCACAAUAAUUGGGCGAACCACGGAGACGGUAACAUUCGCGAUGCCCGUCAACCAGCCGCCAACCUUAAAGCAUCACAUGAAGAAGUUGGCCAUCAUCGCUGGCAAAGCCUUCAGAUACAUAAUCCCAGCGGACCUGUUCACGGACCCCGAGGACGGCAGCAACCUGACGUUCACCAUGUACGAGGCUGAGAACGUGCCGCUCAGUAAAGAUUCCUGGAUACAGUUCAUACCCUCUGGACGGGAGGUCUACGGCCUACCGCUAGAACGCCACGUGUCCCGAUGGAACUUCAUAGUAGAAGCUCAGGACAGCGAGGGUUUAAUAGCCAGAGGACCUCUAGACAUCACCGUACAACAGCACAAGAGCGGACGCACCAUCAACCACCAGUUCGUCAUGCAAUUCAAGCUCUUAAAGCAAUACAACAACGUCAUAGAUUGGCAAAUCAGGGCGUUGGAAGGAAUAGUCAAUUUGUUUAGAGACACUGAUAUGCAUCAUCUGACUGUCUUGAACGCGACGCAAAAUGGCGAUUUGUGUGAAUUCGUGUGGACCAAUGAUACGCUACCUAAGGAUCCCGUGUGUCCUAUGGAUGACAUAAAUAGGUUGAUGAAGAUAAUGGAAUCGGACACAGAGCCGGGCAAGCCGUCGGCCAACCUGACGCGGGACAUGUCGCCGCAGCUGAGCGCGCGCGGCGUGCGCUGGCGCGGGCUCGGCCGCUGUGCGCGCGCGCCCGCGCCCGCCACGCGCGCGCCCGACACCUACCCGCCCGUCACCAGGAACCAGGUCGACCACGUCACCGCCACCGUCGGACAUCUGCUGGUCUACAAGGUGCCCGAGGAUACGUUCUUCGACCCGGAGGACGGCAGCACCCGCAACCUGGCGCUGUCGCUACGCUACAGCGACCGCUCGGAGCUGCCGCCCGGCCACUGGCUGCAAUUCGACGACAAGAACCAGGAGUUCUACGGCCUACCUGCCCCGGAAGAUGCGGGCAGUGUGCAUUAUCAACUGAUCGCUGAAGAUUCCACCAAGAAGAGUGCAUACGACAGUCUCAUUGUAGAAGUGGUCAAAUCGCCGACCAUCAGACCCACAGUCGAAUUCCAGAUGACCAUGGACUCCCCGUUCCCACAGCUGGCCUACGAUGCCAACAAUAAGAGGAAGGUGGUCGAGAAACUGGCAGCGUUGUUCGGACAGAAAGAGACGGCUAAUAUCAGAAUUCAGAGCAUUACGAAUAAUCCAACAACUAUUAUUUGGUACAACACCAGCCUCCCAAUGGACAGGUGUCCCAAGAAAGAGAUAGAAGAUCUACGAAAAAUAAUCAUAGACGACCGAGGCUCUGCCGGCAGCGCGGCGCUCAAAGAUAACGUCGACCAAGUGUUCGACAAAGACCUGAAAGUCAUGUCCAUAAGAUUAAUACCUCUAGGUCUUUGCGCCGAACAGAACACCAAAGUGCCUAAGACCACGAUACAAGUGCACCCUGGGUCUACUAACUUGUUGAAUACUAAAGCGGAUGCGGUGGAUUCAUCUUAUUUAGUGACGUUUAUAAUACCGGCGGUUGUUAUUGUUUGUAUGAUUCUUGUGGCCGGGAUUAUCGCAUGUGUGCUGUACAGGCGGCGGCGGACGGGUAAAAUGAGCGUCGGCGACGAAGAAGAGCGACAAGCGUUCCGUUCCAAGGGGAUUCCUGUCAUCUUCCAAGACGAGCUCGAGGAGAGAGGGGACUCGGAGCCGGUGCACAAGAGCCCGGUGAUAAUGCGCGAAGAGAAGCCGCCGCUGCUGCCGCCCGCGCCCGACUACCGCGCCGGCGACGACGUGCCCUACCGCCCCCCGCCGCCCUUCCCCGCGUCCCGCACCCCCCCUAGGCCCAAGGCCACCCCCACCUACAGGAAACCUCCCCCGUACGUCCCGCCUUAAGUCACUGCCUCACUAAAUUUAAGCUACUAGUAAACAACCGAGUUUCAAAGGUAUCUCGUACAAACAUCUCUUCUGCACUAUGUAAGCCUAGCGCUUGUAGUAUGCUUAUUUUUAUAAGCUGCCGACUUGGCAUUGACGCAAUAUAAAGUGUAGUGCAGAAUAUACCAUCUAGAUAUUUUCGGGAUGAAAUAUGUACGUGUCAUCGAACCUUUUCGCGUAUUUCUUGCGAUCGACUACAAAACCUAUAAAUUGUUCAAAAAUAUGCUUCUUUUUAUUCAUUUUUUGUGAUCGCAUAACCGCCCUUUAAGAAACCGGUUAACAUAGAUUUUUAAUACUUCUAAAUCCCGAGUAACUAGUCGACUUUGCAACACUAAAAUCUAUUUAUUUUGGCCUGAACUCACAAAAAUCUUGUCUUAUUAAAUUAUUGGAAAGCAUUUAACUGAAUUAUUUAUAAAAAUUAAAAUGCAUUUACUACGAAAUGUAAUUGUUAAGGUAACCUCGAAAAACAAGGAAUUGUUCACAGUAUAUUGUGACUACGAAUUUCUUAUACAAUAUACAUACUUAGGUAGCUAUGUACCGUCGAAUAGCAGGUAUAUGUGUUGCCGAUUUCAAUUAUAUAACUGGAGACUUCACAUAAUACUGUAAUGGAUUAGUGUUAUUGUUGAAGUAGAGAUGUUAUAUUAGCUUAUAGGGUAAGGUGAGUUAUACAUAGUAGGUAUGCGUGAUAAAAUCCAUGUUUUGCAACUAGCCAGUCGGAUUAAGUCGAUGAGAGUUUCGUAUCCCACCACAACAUUUGAGACGGCAGGACCGAAUAGGUCUUAGUUUGUAUAAAUCAUCAAGCUAUAAUUGAAAAUUUAAGUACUUAUAAUUCGGCACAUAUCUUGAACUUUUUAAAGUUCCAUUUGGUCACAAAUUCUCUUAUUACCUACACAUAUGCACGAAUUAUUGUAAAUAUUAAGACCAACAGAAACAGGUGAUUGGCUGAGCGUGUGCCAUUGUUUCGAACGUUGUUAUUUAAUGUAAUUUUAUGAAACAUAUCGAAGUGUAACGUUUUAGCCUUUAGCAUAGAUCUUCCACAUUGUACGAUACGUAGUGAGUGAGUAAACGUUGCGAUAUGGCGUCUAGAAUGUACUUUUAUAAUAAUAGAGAGAUAAUGCUGAAACAACUCAAACAAAAAUGUCGCCGCAAAGAUCCGCGGACACAGGACAGCUAUGGCAGUUAUAUCAAUACUUUUGUGUACUUCAAUGUCUUGUCCAACCAAUUUCCCUCGCGUGUGCAAUCUGUUGUUGGAAAGAGAUGCUCAUAUUCAUAUACAAUAGAUCUCUUUCUUACGCGUACCUGCGUUCCUUUAAGCAGGACAGAUUACAUCGUGAAUACUUUGAGUAAAACAAAAUGGUAUCAAGGUGUAAUUUUAACGUGAACAGAUAACGGCCUUUAGUAAAGAUUAUUUUACUAAUAUAAUUGUAACUUAUGCAUGAAUAAGUCACAACUUAAAAUAAAUUACAGUUAUAAUCACUUGUGAACAUUAUGUUGUUUUAGCGUUUGAAGCCAUUUGUAUCGAAAUUAAGACGAAUCGCUGUUCAAAUGCAUGGAUUACUCGAAACACUAGGUGGUGUGAACUAUACAAUACAAUUAACUUAUAUGGUAAUGAAUUAUACAACUGACUCUAGAUUAUAGUCUAUGAAUAGAUAUUUAUAAGGAUGAAAUAUCAUUUUGUACUUGUCUAAUUACCAUAGGCGUAAGGUUAACAAGUUGUGUACUAGGUGAUUAUGAACGAAUCGAGCUAUAACUUUUCUUUGGAUGUAUUUUUUUCUACUGUAUACUCGUUGGAGUUUGCAUUUAUAGAUCUUUUAGUACUAUGGAUACUUAUACAAAUAUACAGAAGUCUUUUUAAUCUGUUGUAUAAUCUUUUUUCUUUCUUUAUUUGUGUUUUGUAAGGGUGUACUUAAAAUGUCCAUUUAUGCCGAACCAUUUUCAUUGAACGAUGUGUAUUUUGGCAAAGUUACUUUGUACACGUCUCAUUAAAUACGCACAUAAUUUAUGUAAUUAUUGAGCUUUUUAUUUUUAAAUAAAUAAAAUGGUCUAGUGA